AUGGAUUUACAGUCCCCAUCCGUCCUGGCGCAAUUGCCUCGCCCCCUUCACGCUUCUACUGGCAAAACCCGUAUCGGCGAUGUCUUCAGUCUCGCCGAUGCGAAAAAACGCAAGCGCUAUGAAGUCGCAGUUGCUGUGGAUGGCGAGGCUGUGAACAUUUACAAUGUUCAAACACCUAAGCUCGUGACUUCCUACGCCGUCCCACCGCAAUCUACGUUCUCUUGCCGCCCAUGCUCAGUCCGCCGGAAGUUGUCGAAAAAAUCGACAGUCCGAAGACAAACUUAUACUGCUGUCACUAAGCCAGAACAUCAAAUCAAGUGUUUCGUGGAGGAGAUCGGCAGCAGUGGCUCAAGUGCUCCGGUCAUUUCUUCUUCCACCACCACCGUAACCGAUUCGACCAGCCCCACGACGUUUGUGGGCAUCGUGCCCUCUAGUACCGAUGCCGAAGGAGAGACGGACCCAUUCGAUAUCCUAGCAGUCCACGAGGAUGGCCGUGUGCGUAGGCUGUCGUCGGAUCUGAAGAGCCAACGGUGGAGUAUUCAGCACAGUGAGAUUGCAAAGGUUUGCUCUACUCACAAUGUCCAGUCCAGCUUUUUGGUUGAAUUCGAUGAUGCGAAGAAAGCUUUGUUCAAAAGACGGCAGGAUUUGGCUUUACUGGCGCUGGGCGAUCUGACAACCUCAGGAACCAACGAGCCAUCUAUAUUGCUUCUGGUGUCCCAACCGAAGAACACCGAUCGAGUCUCCCUCAAGGACAUCAUUGUGCAGAUGUUCUCAGUCCCCGCGCAUGCGAAGUCAGAGUCACGGUUGGACGAAAGUCAGCGCCUACGCCAUUUACAAACUUUCCACAUCCCGGAUGUGAGCGGCCUGGAAACCACUGAUGGCAAUGCUAUGCAAUGGAGCUUCCAUUCUGGCUCGGCAGGGUUGAACCUUUCUUUUGAGAGGGGUUUUAUCAACGUUGACCUCUCUCAGUACUCUCCCUGUGUCACAUCGCAAUUCGUCCUUGAUGAUGAGGAAUUCUCCUCAGUCAUGCGCAUUUCCCCCCAAUCCGUGAUUGGAGCACAACGAUCUCUAGUGGCGGUCUAUGAUACUCAAUACCAUUCUGUGCAGCGCAGUAUUCCGGCCGGUGAUCUUUUGUCAAGCACUGGGUCAACCCCAGAGACUCCCACAAACUUCAUCAGCUACUUCGCCAAACUUGGCAUUGCCGUCGCAACCAAGGGCAACACUCUGAUUGCCUUUGACUUGAGCUCUCUCCCUAGUGCUCCCAGCUCUUCUCUGAAGCGGACCAGAGAUAGCCUGCUCAUCGAUGCCAUCGGCAGAGGUAUUGGUUCAUCCGGAGCACAGUGGGAUAUCGCAUCGAAGAAGCACCGAUCUGACAACAUGGCCUCCCUUCGGCUCACAUCACCGGAGCAAGUUGAGAAAUGGACUCAGCUCACGAAAACGGUGGAGAAGGCGACCAAGACGAAGAACAUUGACUUGUUUGAUAAUGCUGUUCUGACAUACUUCAGCACUUCCGAUGCCUCCACAACGCUCCCGGUCCGCGGGCAGUAUGUUAACCCCGAAGCAACUCUUUUCUUGCUUUCAAAAAUCUUCGCUGUGGAAGAUUCUGCUACAAAUGAUACUGUGUCAGCAUCUGCUUCAUCUCAACUCCGUGUUGCCAUGUGGCCCCCGACUACUUGCGACUGGCUCAUUCGCUUGGGACAUCUGUCGCUCGACAACGUUGAGAUUGCGCUCCGUCGUGCAUGCAAGCCACGCAUUUUGCAACCAUUCCCCACCGGAUCAUUCAUUCAGGCCCUGCUCGAUUCAGAUCCCUCAUUGAAGCAGGUCAACCAAGUGCUUGAGGGUCCCACUCUGAUUUCCUCCGAUGAGUUGGCCUACGCGCUCAAGGCCUUCUUGAACCAGGCACGUUCCCACUCUGGAACUCUUGAGGAGACAGCUCGCGCGAUCACAAAUGGUGACCUUGCCACUCCCACUCAGGAACUCUCAAAACAGUUGGGGGCCGAAACGGCAACCCUGAAGGAUAUCUUCGCUGGCCUGAACACCUCCCUCCAAAAGAUUCACUCGCAGCCCGUGUCAGUGGUCGUUCAUUCCCUCCGCUCCAAUCUCUCUCGGACAGAGCUCAUUUCUAUGGUUCACCAUCUCCGCCUUUCCCUCGCUACCGGAGGUUACACUUCUCGGUUCACUGAAAAUCCCCCAACACCUAUUACUCUUGACCAAAUUACCCCUACCCUUUCUCUCAAUGUUAUCGUUGAUCUCAUCACUGCCUCUGUGGAUGCUGUGGGUCCUUCCGGUUGGAUCUCGGCCAUCCCAGCAGCGGGUGAUUUCGAAGACUCAGACUCGGUCUCUGCCGCUGCCGCUGCUAGUCGCGAAAUGGAAUUGAUUGCAGACAUGAAGUCUGAAGUCUCCGCCGCGCUUGCAGGAGUGGAAGAGGCUACUUAUCUCAAGGGCGUUUUGUGCGAGUACCUCCGCUUUGCGGACCAAGUUGACACUCCCGCUACUACCUCUGAGGAUGCCCUGGCCAAGAUGGAUGCCGAGGCGUCGGGUCCGUCCCACCUUGUCCGCUACGAGAAACUCAAUGGCGCCGACUUGAUGGUCUUCACCCGUCCCGGUGAGGGAGAGGAUGGCUACGAUGGCGAUGCUGGUGGCAAGAUGCUACCACUGUCACUCAAGGCUGCUUCCAAUGAUGUGUCCCGCACCAAGACCAAAAAAUCGACGGGUGAGGUCAAGAACCGCACCAGCCGUGAGAUUGGUUACUUGCGCCGCAAGGCGGUUGGCAAGUACUCAUUCGAGAGACUGAUUAUUUAA